AUGAGGACAAUCGCGUUAGGCUCACAAGGUCUAGUCAUAUCGAAAAUUGGCUAUGGCUGCAUGGGCCUGACCACGGCAUAUGGAACCAAACUGCCGGAUGACGAUAUUGUCGCGCUACUUGAGAAGACGCAUGAGCUUGGUAUUACCCUCUGGGACACCGCCAACCUCUACGUUUAUCCCGACUUCUUCCGACUCCUUCGUUUCUCCUCACCGCUCGUAUGUCAAGAAGAAAUAAUCUCCAGGGCAAUUGAAAAAGUCGGGAGGGAGAAUAUCCAGAUCGCCACUAAAACUGGCGUUGAGCUUCGUCUCUUCCCAAAGUUAAGGAUUGUCCCAAAUGGGUCCCCCUCCUUCAUCCGUCAGCAAUGUGAAGAUUCAUUGCGUCGCUUGAAGACAGACUACCUUGAUUUGUUUUAUCUUCACCGCAUCGACCAAACGCUUCCCAUCGAGAUUUCUAUGAUGGAGAUGAAGAAGCUGGUUGAGGAAGGAAAGGUCAAAUAUGUUGGCCUAUCUGAGUGUUCCGCUUCAACCAUCCGAAGAGCCCACAGGAUUCAUCCCAUCACUGCUGUGCAGCUUGAGUAUUCCUUGUGGUGUCGCGACAUUGAAACCGGGAUCAUGCCCACGUGUGCCGAGCUGGGCAUUGGUGUUGUCGCCUAUUCACCCCUUGGGCGUGGUUUCUUUGGCGGGUCCACUGGUACCACGAAGAAAUAUUCGUUGACUGAUUUUCGCGCCAACCAACCCCGUUUCGUAGGUGAGGCUGCCGAGGGCAAUGCCAAGCUGCUGGAGAACGUCCAAAAGAUCGCAGAUCAGAAGGGCGUCUCGACAGCCCAACUCACAUUGGCCUGGGUAGAAGCGCAGGGCCAUCGCCUCAACGGGGCCGGAAUUGUUGCAAUUCCAGGAACAACGAAGGAAAAGAACCUUAUCAGCAAUGUCGGAUCGACGGAGAUUGAACUCUCUCCAGAAGAGCUUGAGGCAUUAGAAGCUGCCGUUCCGAAGGAGGCAGUCUCAGGCACCAGAUAUGAGGAAGGCCAUGAAACGUGGGAAGCGGACAAAAAUCCAGCCCUCACUCCUGAGCAGGCCGCAGAAUAUGGCAUUCCAAUGCCAGACAAUCAAUAAGAGGGGAAGGCCGGAUAGAAUUUAUACCGGAUGAAAUGUGUCAGAAUUCAACUUGCGAAGCCGAGUCCACGGCACACGCGCUGGCUUGGACGAAGAGUCCAACUGACGGCUGUCAAGUUUCUAACCUGACACAGCCCUUGCGAAACAUGAUGUUCUCCUGAUCGGGAGCAUGUGAACCAUCUGGAUGCUGUGACAGUAGAUGUAGGUCUCAUUAGUUCUUACUGUAGCCGAUAAUUACAAAAAUAGCCAAAUAGCAGUGUUCAAAUGCGUUGUGAUGCCCUAUGAUAAGAGGCUAGUUAA